CCCGUCCCGUCACACCACCACAAACCCGCAGCAGCAGAGACAGACAGGCGAAGCGACGCCGGCCACACCUCGAGCGUGCGCGCGCGCGCAGCAUGAACCAUCGGCGCCGGAGCCACCGCCUUCCAUCCAUGGCCGCCGCCGCAGCGUUUCUCUGUCUUGCGCUACUGGUGGCGUUGCCGUCUGCGGCGUCGGCGUCGGCCUCGCCGGCGGAUGGCUGCAAGAGCGAGCGGGGGAGCAGCGGCGAGAAGAGGAGGAAGCAUGAGCCGCUAUGGGUGUUCGGCGACUCGUACGCGGACACGGGCAACCUGGGGGACCUGGGCAGGGAGCUCACCCACUCCUGGUACAGCCCCUACGGCGAGACCUUCCCGCGCCGCCCCGCCGGCCGCUUCUCCGACGGCCGCGUCCUCACCGACUUCGUCGCCUCGGCGCUGGGGAUGCCAACCCCGGUGGCGUACAAGGGGCGGCGUCGGGCGUCACGCGACAAACUCGCGCGCGGCAUGAACUUCGCCGUGGGCGGCGCCGGCGUGCUCGACACGGGCAACUUCCAGCGAAACAUCAGCGCCCAGAUCGACCUCUUCCAGGCCAUGCAGAAGCAACGGCGGCGAGGCUGCGCCCGCGUCGCCGGCAACAACAACAACACCGGGACGGCGCUCGUGGUCGUCUCCGGCAACGACUACGCCUACGCCGCCGACAAGGACAACGGCACCAGCGCUGCGAUCGCGUACAUCCCGACGGUGGUGCGCGAGCUCGGGUACCAGCUCCGGCGGCUGCGCGACGAGGCCGGGAUGCGUCGGGUCGUCGUCACCAACCUGCACCCGAUGGGGUGCACGCCGGUCUUCACCCGCCCGCUCAACUACAGCGGCUGCGACCCGCUGGCCAACGCCGGCGCCGCCCAGCACAACGCGGCGCUCGCCUUCGUGCUCGCCGCUCUCGACCCCGCCAACGCCACCUUCCUCCUCCUCGACGUCCACACUCCCUUCGCCGCCAUCCUCCUCGACGGCGAUGACAAGAAGGACACCAGCGGUGGGUUCGUGAGCACGCUGCGGCCGUGCUGCGAGAGCUUCAGCCCAGACGGCUACUGCGGCGAGCAGGACGAGAACGGCACGCGGCAGUACACGCUGUGCGACGAUCCCCGGCGCUACUUCUACUGGGACGAUGUUCACCCGACGCAGGCCGCCUGGGCCACCGUCGCCGCCACCUUCAGGGCCACCGUCAAGAGCUUCAUGUCCACCUGACACGGCCAUGGUUUUGGACGACAAAAGCUACGCACUAGAACUAACCAACACCCAUGUCCUUUUCUCUCCAGUAGUCUCUGCUUCACCUGAAACAGCAUCUUGGCAAAAUACAAGAUUUGUUUCAUUUGCAAUUUACCAGCAACGUUUGUACCUUC